UGAAAUAGUUGCUAUAAAAAGGCCACCAAAAUGGUAAAUGGGUCAUAGUUUCAGUCUGUUGUUCUCAAUACAAAGAAAAAUCAGAAUGAAACUCUUUGCCAUCUUAGCCUCUCUGGUAGUAGCUAUCACAGCAGCAUCAGACCAAGAAUUGUGGGUAGAAUUCAAGAACACACAUGGCAAGUCAUAUAGAAGCCUCAGAGAGGAAAAACUCCGCUUCAACAUCUUCCAAGAAAAACUUCGAGAAAUCGAAUCUCAUAACGUGAAAUACGAAAAUGGAGAAGAGUCUUACUUCUUGGCAGUAAACCAAUUCUCAGAUUUGACCAAAGAAGAAUUCAUCAGUUUGCUCAACGAAAACAUCGCCACUAAACCCGAAAUUUCAUUUACUCCUCUUCAAGAAGCACUGAAUGAGAGUCUCGAAGCACCAACCGCCAUCAACUGGGUACAUCAAGGAGCCGUUUUGGGAGUCAAAAAUCAAGGACAAUGUGGAAGCUGCUGGGCAUUCAGUACAACAGGAAGUCUUGAAGGACAAAGCAUCAUCAAGCACGGUAGAAGAGUGUCCCUUAGCGAACAACAACUCGUAGACUGUUCAACUAGCAACAACGCUUGCCAAGGGGGUUCAAUGGAAUAUGCUUUCAAUUACGUCGCAAAUUAUGGAUUAGAAACGGAGGCGUCCUAUCCCUACAGAGGUGUCAGAGGAUCCUGCAGAGCCGAUUCUUCUCGUAGCGCUAUCAGAGUGCGCGGCUACGCUUCCGUAGGAAGAAACGAACAGGCUCUCAAAAACGCAGUAGGUACCGUUGGUCCAAUCUCUGUUGCCGUGGAAGCUUCCAUUUGGCAAUCAUAUGGGGGUGGGAUCUUUAAUCACCCGGAGUGCACUGGUUACUAUCUCAAUCAUGGUGUUUUGGCUGUCGGUUACGGAAACGAAGAUGGCGAGGAUUACUGGUUGAUCAAAAACUCUUGGGGUACAAACUGGGGAGAAGGAGGAUAUAUUAGGUUGAUCCGCAAUAGAAAUAAUCAAUGCGGUGUUGCGAGUGAUGGAAGCUAUCCAUUGCUAUACUAGAAUUAAUUUUCGAAAUAAUUAUUAGAAACUGUAGGUAAAAUAAAUGAGAAAUGAUUUAA